CAACUGCAAAUAUCAAACAAUCACUUACAUAUAAUACUAGAAACUCAGUUGUUUAAAGAUUUGAAAAUGGCAAGCUAUGGAGAAGGAGGAUAUGAGGGACAGAACCACCAUGGAAGUGAUGAUGCAUACGGCAAUCCAGUUGGUCAGACAGACGACUACCAAAACCCUACUCAGCACACUACUGGCGGCUCUGCACACGGCGUCGGCUUGUCCACUGGCACCGGUGCUGCAACAGGUGCACACCAGCUCCAGCGCUCUGGUAGCUCCAGUUCCAGCUCUUCUGAGGAUGAUGGAGAGGGAGGGAGAAGGAAAAAGGGCAUCAAGGAAAAGAUUAAGGACACGUUUCCUGGAGGCCACAAGCAGGAGCAUCAGACACAAGCAGUAGUCACUGGAGAAUCAUAUGGUACUCCUGGAGAGUAUGGAACAACUGGUACUGGAGAGCAGCCUCAUGAGAAGAAAGGAAUCAUGGAAAAGAUCAAGGACAAGCUGCCUGGUGGUCACAAUGAUCAGGAGCAAUAUCAGACUCAUACUACUAGUACUCCAGUUAGCGGAGGAUCCUAUGGUGCUACUGGAGAAUAUGGAACUACUGCUCCCGGAGAGCAGCCUUACGAGAAGAAAGGGAUUAUGGAAAAAAUCAAGGAUAAGUUGCCCGGCGGUCACAACUGAUUUUACACUCUGAUGUCAGUCAUGGCCAUGACCAUAUUGUUUGUGCGCGUCUGUUUCAAUAUUUGUAACCAUAAAAUGUAAUGCCAGCCACAGCUUUCGUUGUCCGGUGGUUAAUUACUGUAGUGUUGUAAACAUUGUAUUUCUUACAAUAAGCAGCUCGAUCUGGAUGCAUGUAACCCUAUAGAGCGAGGUUCAUCUCUCUCGCUGCGUCUAAAUAUGUAUUAAGUGUUGUUACGUAUAUGAAGCCAUAUAUUGAUCUUUUCAA